CUUUUUUUCCCUACUUCCCUGUCGUUUACCGUUGCUUCGCUUAUCUGCCUUUCUCAGUAGUCUUAAUAAAACAUACACUCAUAAAUUGUGUGAACUCUUCUCUCUUCCUUUUUUCUUCUUCUUCAAUACAAUACCAGACACUUACUUGUAGACAAACCUCUGCUUUCCCAUUCUCCAUUCUCCAGUUUUCUAGAAAAUGAAUAAGUGGGUUGGUUCGGUUUUCCUAUGCAUUGUGAGCAUAUUGUUUCUGAUGAACUGGCCGGUGGCGGCGGAGUUGGAGACGUGCUCGGGGAUAGUGCCAAUGCAAUAUCGAUAUGAUAAGAUAUCAAUAUUGGACUAUGGAGGUGUAGGCGAUGGACGGACAUUGAAUACAAAAGCGUUUAAAGAAGCAAUUUUUCGAAUUCAGCACUUGAAAAGGAGGGGUGGAUCGUUGCUUUACGUACCUGCUGGCGUAUAUUUGACUGGUCCAUUUAAUCUUACUAGUCGAAUGACUCUUUAUUUGGCCCGUGGUGCUGUUAUCAAAGCCACUCAGGAUGCCAGUCAAUGGCCAUUGGUCGAUCCAUUGCCUUCAUAUGGGAGAGGAAGAGAGCGACCUGGUGGAAGGUAUAUGAGCUUACUCCAUGGAGACGGGCUCCAUGAUGUGAUUAUCACUGGUGAGAAUGGUACUAUUGAUGGCCAGGGUGAUGUUUGGUGGAAUAUGUGGAGGCAAAGAACUCUUCAAUUUACAAGACCUCAUCUCAUUGAACUAAUGAACUCCAGAGGCAUAAUCAUUUCUAAUGUCAUUUUCAAGAACUCUCCCUUUUGGAAUAUCCACCCUGUUUAUUGCAGCAAUGUUGUUAUUCGAUAUGUCACCAUAUUGGCUCCAGCUGAUUCUCCAAACACUGAUGGAAUUGAUCCAGAUUCAAGCUCCCAUGUCUGCAUAGAAGACUCUUAUAUUUCCGUAGGGGAUGACCUAGUAGCCGUGAAGAGUGGGUGGGAUCAAUAUGGCAUUGCUUAUGGUCGCCCUAGUCAUGGCAUAACCAUCCGAAGGAUAACUGGAUCAUCUCCAUUUGCUGGAAUUGCUGUUGGAAGUGAAACUUCUGGUGGCGUAGUGGAUGUUUUAGCUGAGCAUAUAAACCUUUUCAACAUGGGAGUUGGCAUCCACAUUAAGACAAACAUUGGUCGAGGAGGGGUUAUCAGGAACAUUACGGUCUCAAAUGUCUACAUGGAAAAUACACGAACAGGGAUUAAGAUUGCAGGGGAUGUUGGGGACCAUCCAGAUGAAAACUUCAAUCCGAAUGCUCUUCCAGUGGUUAAGGGUAUCAAGAUUAAGGAUGUUUGGGGUGAAAAGGUUUUGCAGGCUGGUUUGAUCCGUGGUUUGAAGAAUUCCCCUUUCUCAGGGAUUUGUCUCUCCAAUAUCAACCUUCAUGGCAACAACCCCGGACCACGAAAUUCCCCUUGGAAAUGCUCAGAUGUUAGCGGAGCUGCAAUUCAAGUCAGCCCUUGGCCUUGCUCAGAACUCACCAGCAGCCAACAAACUGGUGCAUGCUCUACCUACUUCUGAAUAUCUUGUAAUUAUUUUGCUUCCAAUUCAAGUCAG